CGCGCGUGGUGGAGGUGCGGACGGCCGCCAUGGGGUCACGCGCUGAGAAACGCUCUGAGGUCACAGUGACGGGUCACGAAGACACGCCGAUGCCCACAGAAUCAGUGCGGACGCCAGCUGUCGAUUGCUACGUCAUGAAACAGAUGGCAGCUGCGCUCAUCUUCGCUCAAACACACUCUGUGAUUGGCGCAGCGAUGGGCUUCAUCAGUGUGUUCUUCAUUCAAGAAACGGACCCGGAACGCGCCUACAUGUCGCAAAGUCAGGUCACGUGGGUGGUAUCAGCGCUGCCGAUUGGUCUGGUGGCUGGUAACCUGCUGUCCACCAUGCUGACCCCCAUGCUGGGGUACCGCCGGCUGGUGUUGCUGGCCAGUCCCGUCAGCGUCGCCAGCUGGCUCAUCCUCGGCCUCUGCCACGACUUUAGGCUGCUGCUAGCCGCGCGGGUGGUGUGCGGCCUGGCUCUGGGCGCCACGGACGGGCCAGUGAGAGCAUACAUCGGUGAGGUAUCCUCCCAGGGUCUCCGUGGCACCUUCGGCAUGCUGCCCCACCUCUGCAUCACUAUCAACAUGCUACUCGUCUACGGCAUCAGCUCGCAGACUUCCUGGAGGUACGCAGUUCUGGCCUGCGGCAUUGCGCCAUCCGUCUUGCAGUUCUUCGGAACGUUGUUGCUGCCAGAUGCUGCCAAAUGGCUACUUGCCCAUGGCUACCCAGAGGAGGAUGCUCGGAAGUCAAUCCUGUUCUUCAG